CUGUUCCAUGCCUCUCUCUUAGCUUCUGGUAGCCCCAGGCAUUCCUUGGCUUGUAGAUGCAUCACUUCAGUCCACCAUCUUCGCAUGGUGUUUUCCUGUGUUUCUGUCUUCACAAGGCCCUCUUCUUUUAUAAGGACACUGGUCAUAUUGGAUAUGAGGCCCAGCCUACUCCAGUAUGAUCUCACCUUAAUGAGUUACGUCUUCAACAACUGUAUUUACAAAUAAGGUCACAUUCUGAGGUCCUGGGUGGGAGUUAGGACUUCAACAUUUUUUUUAGGGGGGACACAGUACAACCCGCAACAGCAUUCAUCUAAAAAUCAGAAAUAAGCAAAUUGGUACUAAAAACACAGCCCUUUUUGCCUCAUGCAUUAUUGUAUCACAGUGGGGGGAAAACUGAGAGCAAAGGAGGACUAAGUGGGGUUGAGUCAGUCAGGAAAGGUCCUUCUGAUGAGGUGACAUUUACAUUGAGAACAGAAGGACAGGGAAGAUCCAGUAAAGCAAGCAUGUUUCAAGCUAGGGAACAACCUGUGUAAAGACCAGAAAUAGCUCGAUGUGUUGGAAGAAGUGAAAGAGGGGCCAGUGUCACUGUUGUGUGGUGGCCUGGGGGAGAUGGGGUCUGGGGCCAAAUCAUGCAGGGACUUGCCAUGGUGAUGAGUUCACUUCUUUAGGGGUUCUGGGGAGCCUUUGAAGAAUUUUAAGCAGGGGAGACAUACUCAGGUUUACAUAUUUAGAAGAUCACUCCCGCUGCUAUAUGCCACAUGGAUUGAGGGGACCACACUGGUGGUGGAAAGACCAAUUGGGGAGCUUUUCUAUUUUUCCAAUAGAGACAAAGACAGUGGAGGCUUGGACUAGUGUAGCAGUAAGGGAGAUGGAGAGAAAUGGGGAAAUUCAAGGUACGUUUUGGGGAAAGAGCUGAGAAGAUUUGCUGAUGGGUUAGCUAGAGAGUAGGGAAAGGAGGAAUCCUUUGCUGAUGGCUUGAGUAACUCAGUGAAUGAUUGUAUAAUCGACUGAGAUGGGGAAAUCAGGGUUGGGGGUAGGUGUGAGAUUUAAACUGCCAAGUUCAGCUUGGGGUAUGUUAAAUGUUAAAUGCCUGGUGAUAUCUAAGUAGAGAAGUUAAGUAGCCAACCCAGUUUUGACCUCAGGGCUGGAAAUGUUAGGAGCACUAACAUUUCAAGUUCUUAAAGAGGAGAGGAGCCUGGAAGAGAUCUAGAAAAGGAGCAGUGCAGUAAGAGACAGCUGGAGAAAGUGGUGUCACAGAGGCAGAGAAGGAUGAGCAAGUUCUUCAGCCGUGUUGAGUGCUUCGGAGAAAUUGAGUGUGAUCUUCCUUCACUGGCAUCAAAGUGAUAUGCAGAUAAGGACAGAGACAUGUUCAGUGGAUCUGACCCUGUGCUGUUUUAACUGAGAGUUCUCCUUGGGCCGUGUGGGAGAGAGUCCCCAGGACACCUACCUAUGAAUGAAAUUGCUGGAUUGAAAGGAAUUUCUUCACAUGGCUUCCGAAGAUGUGACCAUUACGGUUCGCCUCAUUCGUUCAUUUGAGCAUCGCAAUUUCAGACCUGUAGUAUAUUAUGGAGUUCAUUUGGACCAAACUGUAAAGGAAUUUAUAGUAUUUCUAAAGCAAGAUAAACUAAAGAUUGUUCAUCAAGCACAUAAAUCAAAGACAAAUGAACUUGUGUUGAGUUUGGAAGAUGAUGACAGACUCCUGUUAAAAGAAGACAGCACCCUGAAAGCAGCUGGAAUCGCCAAUGAAACUGAAAUUGCAUUCUUCUGUGAAGACGACUAUAAGAACUACAAAGCUAAUCCCCUUUCAUCCUGGUGAAAACUUCACAGGGCUUCCUUUUUGCAUACUUGUAUUAAGCUCUUUAUUCCACUAGUGAGUUUUUUAAAUUGACAAAUAAACUUAAAAAAAUUAAUCCCAAGCUCUGCCAUUUGAGGUAAAAUCUGUGGUGUGUUCUCUCUUCUGCAGGUCUCAUUUUUUUCUUUCUUGUUUUAAAAUAAUAUAUUUAUUUAUGGGGAAAAUGUGAUUUUUUUAAGUGAAAGAAAUAGUGAUU